UACUUCAUUUUUCAAUUUGAUGGAGGCCGAAAGAGAAAAGCGUAAACAUCUAUGAAGUCUGUCGCGCGAAAGUCGCUACCGCACCACCUGAUGCAGUUGUUGACACUUGAGCUUUGUCUUUGGCGGUUUCAUUGCGAAUUUUGCAGAUGGAAUGGCAGAUCUUGCUAGCAAUGUAAAUAUUGAACAAGCACUUCUUGCUUUGAAAAAAGGCACUCAGUUAAUUAAGUAUAGUCGGAAAGGAAAGCCAAAACUGUGUCCAUUCAGACUCUCACCGGAUGAAACAACAUUGAUUUGGAUAAGUCACAGAGGGGAAAGAAAUCUGAAUUUGUCUUGUGUUUCACAUAUUAUCUGUGGACAGAGAACGGCUGUCUUUAGAAGAUAUUUGUGUCCCGAAAAGGAUUCUCUAUCAUUUUCUCUUCUUUACAAAAACAGUGAACGGUCGCUUAAUCUGAUUUGCAAGGACAAAGCUGAAGCAGAUGUAUGGUUUACAGGCCUCAAGGCAUUAAUAUCUCCAGGACAACGUCACAAGCAUAGGCAUACCAGAAGUGACUUUUCUAGUGUGCAAGGGAGCAUCGACUUUACUCAUGAUGGUCAUCCUUUUAGCGCAACGGUAGAGUACCCUUCGAGCAGCCUUCAUGGUCGAAUUUCCAUUGAUUCAGGUUCUCACGACACUUUAUUGAAUUGGGCAAGCUCGGAUGUGGGGUUAGAACGUGCAAAUAUGCAAUUGAGGGUAGGAGCCGGAGACAAUUUCCGUCUUAGUGUGUCAAGUGCAGGAUCUGGAAUUGAUGACAUAGAAUCGCUUGGAGACGUUUACAUAUGGGGAGAGGUUUGGGCAGAUGGGGUUUCAUCUGAUGGACUGGGGAAUCAAGUCCUUGUAAAGACAGAUGUCUUGAUUCCCAAGUCAUUAGAGUCAAAUGUUGUUCUUGAUGCUCAACAGAUUGCAUCUGGUGUUCGCCAUACUGCUCUAGUUACAAGGCAAGGAGAGCUUUUUACUUGGGGAGAAGAAUGUGGGGGAAGACUUGGUCAUGGGAUUGAUAAAGACUUUAGCCGCCCUCGGCUAGUUGAAUUCUUGGCAGUCACUAACAUUGAAUUUGUUGCAUGUGGAGAGUAUCAUACAUGUGCUGUAUCUACAUCCGGUGAUUUAUUCUCUUGGGGUGAUGGUAAUCACCAUGCUGGAAUUCUUGGUCAUGGAACUGACAUUAGCCACUGGAUACCAAAGAGAAUCAUAGGCCCUUUGGAAGGACUUCAAGUUUUAUCUGUUGCAUGCGGCACAUGGCAUUCAGCAUUGGCAACCUCCAAUGGGAAGUUGUUCACCUUUGGUGAUGGAGCAUUUGGUGUCUUGGGCCAUGGAGAUAUAGAGAAUGUUCCAUAUCCAAAGGAGGUGCAAUCAUUGAUCGGACUAAAAACCGUGAAGGUUGCAUGUGGAGUGUGGCACACCGCAGCUAUUGUAGAGGUUAUGGGCCAAACUGGUUCAAAUGUCUCAUCUAGGAAACUCUUUACCUGGGGUGAUGGUGACAAAUAUCGUUUGGGUCACGGUAACAAGGAAACUUACCUCCAACCCACCUGUGUCUCUGCACUUAUUGAAUACAAUUUCCAACAGGUAGCAUGUGGGCACACUUUGACAGUCGCCCUCGCUACAACAGGUCAAAUCUUCACUAUGGGUGCGACUGCAUAUGGUCAACUAGGGAAUCCUCUCUCUGAUGGAAAAGUGCCUGUCAUGGUACAAGAUAAGUUGGUUGGUGAAUUUGUUGAGGAAAUAGCAUGUGGAGAACAUCAUGCUGCUGCCUUGACAUCAAGAAGUGAACUAUAUACUUGGGGGAAAGGUGCCAAUGGAAGAUUGGGACAUGGAGACAUACAAGAUCGGAAAUCUCCAACAUUGGUUGAAGGCUUGAAAGACAGACAUGUAAAAAGUAUCUCAUGCGGCUCAAACUUCAUGUCUUGUGUUUGCAUCCAUAAAUGGGUCUCUGGAGUUGACCAAUCUGUUUGCUCUGGUUGCCGGCAAGCAUUUGGUUUUACUAGAAAAAGGCACAAUUGUUAUCACUGUGGAUUGGUGCAUUGUCAUUCUUGUAGCUCUAAGAAGGCAUUGAAAGCAGCAUUAGCUCCAACACCCGGAAAACCACAUCGUGUCUGUGAUGCAUGUUAUGCAAAACUUAAAACUGCUGAGACUGGCCAUGCUUCCACUUUAAGCAGAGGAACUACCCCUCCCCGUAGGUCAAUAGAUAAUAGAGAAAAAAUAGAAUGGGUAGAGGCAAAGUCUUCAAGAGUUCUCUUAUCUCCCAUCACAGAACCUGUCAAAUACCUUGAGAUAAGGACUAAUAAGCUAGGAAUUAGAUCUGAUUCCUCUUCCAUAGUUCGAGCUUCUCAAGUUCCAUCACGUUUGCAGUUAAAAGAUAUUGCAUUUCCAAGUUCACUGAGUACCAUUCAGAAUGCUUUCAAGCCUGCUGUGAUACCUCCUAGUCCACCAAGAACCCCACCUGCCAACUCUAGAUCUUCAUCACCAUAUGCAAGAAGACCCAGCUCGCCACAUUCAUCGGCUCCUGGAUUUUCUAAAAGUAUUAUAGAUAGUUUGAGGAAGACUAAUGAGAUUCUGAAUCAAGAAGCAUCGAAAUUGCACAAACAAAUUCGAAGUUUGAAGCAGAAGAACGAAACACAGGAUACGGAGAUACAGAAGCUUCAGAAAAAUGUUGAGGAAGCCACCUCAUUGGCUGGGGAGAAAUCUUCAAAGCAUCAAGUAGCAAAUGAAUUUAUUAAGUCCAUAAAAGAUCAGUUGAAGGAAAUGACUGACAAGCUGCCACCAGAGGUUUCUGACUGUCAAAGCUUGAAAAUCAUGCAAGACCAAGCAGAAGAUUUUCUAAGGAAAACUGCAGAAUCUGAAACUUUUUCCUCUUUACCAUCAAGCUUAGAGUCUGAUCGACUAAAUGCAACUACUGAUACAACUGCUUCGGAUGGCGACUUUGCUAAACCACAAGAACAGAAACUGGAGGACAAUGAAGAUGCUGCAGGAACCAAUUCAUGUCAAGAUGGUGGAAAAGUUCAAGAAAGCAAUGGAUCGUCUAUUUCUACUGGAGGAGCAGCAGUACUUCCACAAAGCUCAGAACAUGGUUCUGGCUCACUGAACUAUUCCAGACCAAGGAAAGAAGGAGAGACAGAAACCAUUGAACAAUUUGCACCUGGUGUGUACGUGACACUCAUAGUGCGGCCCGGUGGUAAUAAAAUUUUUAAACGAGUUAGAUUCAGUAAGCGAAGGUUCGAUGAACAACAGGCAGAAGAAUGGUGGAGCAAAAACAAAGAGAAGGUGCUUAGGAAAUAUAGUCCAUCAGCAACAAAUUUUGCAGCUACAGGACCACCUAGCACUCGCCCUCCUCCGCCGCCGCCGCCUGUUGAAGAGAACGUUCAGUCUUCACCUUCCUAAACUUAGCAUCCUAUAUUCCUAUUCUGUUCACCUAGGCAUCAGGUUAGUUUGAUGGAAUGGUAAAUAAUCCACCAGGUGUAAAGAAGUAGGCACAUUAGUUCCACCUCUUCUUUUUUUUUGGGGGGGGGGGGUCAAUAUUAGUUCCAAUUAUUUUGCGGCAGAAAAUUUUGUUCAAGAGCAUUCAACAACGAAACAUAACUACAACUCUACUGUCUGAUUUUGGCAAACGACUAUAGAAAUAGGAUG